AAUGACUGUUCCAAAUUUCACCUAUACCUUUCUUUGAGAUUGAAACAAAAAAUUCUUCUUUUCUUAUGAAAUGUUUAUUAUUCGUUGAUAGAUCUAAAGCUUAUGCCGUAGAAGCUGACAUCAGGCUAUUGGCCUUUUAUCUGCAUCUUCCCUCGUAGAGUGGCGUCUUUUAUAAGAAAAGACUUUCUCAGUGGAACUCAAAAAAAAAAAGAGUUUGAGCUCUUUUUUUUGGUUGACUUUUAGCCACGCGCGGCGGCUAUGCGCAUGUGUCCCAAAGUGACGUAUAUUUUUUGGUAAUGGGUAUACUCGAGAGAAAAGGUUUGGAAUUCGACCUCCCCUUAUACGCUCUAAAAAGGGGUCAUGGACUCCUUUUUAGUUUAGGAUCCCCUUUCUACAUUCAAUUAUUUAUUGAGCCUGGUGUGGAAUCACCAUCAUUACACAUUCAUUCUUGGUCUGGCUGCUGGUCUAGCGAGCCUUCCUAGCCGCCUAGAGUGCAGCCUGCCUGCUGAAGACCGUAACGUAAGUAACUCAGUGCUCCAUACGGGGGAAAUGAAAGCAGAAUUCGUUCGGAUCCUCCCACAUGUUCAAUCUUUUUUUAGCGGUUUCCCCAGAGAUCUUUAUCAUUAAUGCAACCUUCAUUUUGCUCAUUCAUGGAGUUGUAUUUAGUACCUCUAAGAAAUAUGAUUAUCCACCGUUAGUCAGUAAUGUGGGUUGGCUUGGAUUACUUAGUGUUGCGUAUCUAAUAACCUUGCUUCUGCUCGCCGCUGGCGCACCUCUCCUAACUAUUGCCCAUUUAUUCUGGAAUAAUCUUUUUAGGAGGGACAAUUUUACAUAUUUCUGCCAAAUCCUUCUAUUAUUAAGUACGGCUGGUACCAUUUCGAUGUGUUUCAAUUCUUUCGAACAAGAGAGGUUUGAUGCUUUUGAAUCCAUUGUAUUAAUUCCACUUCCUACUCGCGGUAUGCUCUUUAUGAUCUCGGCUUAUGAUUCAAUUGCCAUGUAUUUAGCUAUUGAGCCUCAAAGUUUAUGUUUUUAUGUGAUCGCAGCAUCAAAAAGAAAGUCUGAAUUUUCUACGGAAGCCGGCUCGAAAUAUUUGAUCUUAGGUGCAUUUCCCUCUGGAAUAUUAUUGUUUGGGUACGACCGGACAACUACCGAUAUCUAUUAAUAUCUUUUCUUAGAAUGUUCUUUAGAAAUAUAUAUCUAUCUAUCUAUAUCGUAAACUAUCGGAUCGGGUAUUACUUAGAUGUGAAACUUGCAGACCUCAUAGGUUGUAAUAUUUCUCUUACGGGGGGAACGAAAUCAAAGAAUAUAUAGACUAGUAGAGACCCUCUAUGUAGUUGUCUAUCUAGGGCGAUCGAUCUACAUCUUUCCCCAUAGCCCUGGGGCUGUGUCUCGAUCUCCUAUGUGCGAAAUAUAAGGGACUAGUUCCUAUAGAGAUUCCCCUUGGUCUAAUUCCACGCCUUAUGACGAAAGGGGAGUCGGCGUGGCGUAAAGUGAAGAUUGGGGGGAGUAGAUAAAAUUCCCUUAUGGGGUAUUCCGAAGGUGUAACCUAGGCAACGAAAAAGGGGCCCGAUACUUCAACUAGAGGAGCGACCAGUUGGUUCACCAAACCCCGACCCAGCGUCACAAAUUCUCCAGGUCCGAAGGGAUCCAGUGCCCAACUACCGACUCCUCCCGGAAUUGCGUUAUCGGAGCCGAGCCAGGAAUGGCCGUUAGUGGACACCCACCACUUUUCACCGGUUAGAGAGGCCCUCUUUAAUACAUUAAGAAAAGAUGUUCACAGGGGCCAGAAAGACUCGGUCAUAGGAAUUUAGAACACCUACGUGCUGGUAAACGAAAACCACCUCGACCGGAUCAGAGUAAACAACAAUGUCGAAUCAGGCCGCCCUUUGCCUUGAAAGAAUUCACACGCGGCCACCAGCUUUCCCAAAAUAAGGGGAGAUCUGCUGCUUACUGCUCACGGAAACAUCCGACCUAUACUAUAGUAAAGUCGUUCGCCUAUCUUUCUGAUCUCCUUUCCUUCUAUUCAUCAGAUUUUUGGCUUUGACCCAGUGAAAAAUGGGGUUGAUGGUGUUGGCUAAAAAAGGGGGAGAGAGGAGAGCCUUAGGGUACGCUCACUUCUGCAUUUUUGUUUAGGUUCUCGAGAUUCUCAAUCGCUCUUUUUAGUGGGGAGGAAUAGUACGUGAAUGGCGGUUCUCAGACGAGGGAAUCAUUCCUCUCUAAAUAAAAGAAAAAGAAGCUAGAAUCUUUCUAUUGAUAGAGCUUUCACGUCUGCGCAUAGAAUCCUUUUUUGCCCUUCCAUUCUGUUCUUACGGUAGUUGGGUCGGAAUCCGUGUGAUGGUUCGAAAGUCGUUUCCAAUAUUCUUCGCAUCCCCAGAGAGAUAGAUUGUUGCCAUUGUGCCUUGGUCGUCAAAAGGGGCACGAACAGCCUUAAAGUACUGUUCCAUGUCCCAGAGGUCUUCGAGCCUUGGCAUUUCGAAUCCCGUUGAAUGGCUGUGGUUCCGGGACUCAAGUCUGGAGUCGCCAGGUGAGACAUUCGGUUCACGAACCGGAAACCUAUCUCCACAGCAAGCUCCUCAAUUUGACCCGGUCCGUCACGCUUUGGACAUCGCCACCGGGAUCGUUGAGGCCCCAUGAAGACGGCUCUACUUCACUGGGAAGACGCGGUACUCAUUAGCGAGCGUCUGGUGACCAACGAUUCCGGAUUCCCCUGCCUUGAUGCCAUAGUCUACACUUGUCCGUCCAAAUGGUCGACCUUGCCAUCAAGUUGGGUCACUCGAUCCUUGAGUCUUUCCUUAACAACAGCCGCCGCUGACAGCACUCCACUGCUAUCGUCAUGUACAUGGUACAACAAGAAGAGAAUUAGCAGAAAUCGAAAGGUUUUUACCCAAAACUCCGCUCUGAUACCUCCUAAAGCGAAAUAGGCACGCGCACGGGUAGAGAGUCUGCCUGAGUCGUGCGGCCCCAGGUAACGCCUAGUUUAGUGUAGCACCUGGGUUCCGCCUUCUCCUUGCCGAGUUUUGCUUCUGAUCUCUCUCUGAGUCUCUAGUUCGUUACCUUCUACUACCGAUCUUCUCCCUCUGCUGCUACUGGAGCUACUGGAUAUCGACCUAAGAGAUACUAGACCGGGUGCGAGAGGAAGGGAUGCUGCUAUUGAUGGACCGGUGCUACCUCUGGAUCUAAGAAUCAUGGAAGACGUAAUUGAAAUAUGCACCUGGAAUUCAAUCACAUUGGUAUAAAGAGCCGGAAAGGAAAAAGAGGAGGAAAGAAGCAAGGGACUGAGCGACGAAGCGAGGUUUGGAACCCUUCAAUUACAAAGUGGAAGAUGCCUCUCACAAUGGGUAGGAUUACUGCAUUUCUUAUAUUUGACUCUUCUAUUUGAUAAUAUAGGGAGUUGGGGCAGGUUGAAGGGGAGGGGAAGUCAAUUUAAACAUAGUGCCACCAU